AUGCUUUUAGACCAGAGCCAUCUUAACGGGUCAUCCCUUGUUGUUGUCACCUCUGCAGGACUAGCUUUCUACGGUCUUGCACUGACUAUCUACCGCAUUUGGUUUCAUCUACUUGCUGGCUUUCCUGGUCCAAAGCUGGCCGCUGCAACAGGGUGGUACCAGACAUAUUACGAGGUUAUGACCUACGGAAAGCUUUCUUUCAAGCUUGCAGAACUGCAUACAAGAUAUGGACCAAUCGUGCAAUUUAGUCCUUGGGAACUCUCCAUCAGAGACCCGGGGUUCUACCAAAACAGUCAUGUCCACGGUUCUGUUCGCCGUACUGAGGUCAGUUUGCAACAAAGAACGGCACUCGGCUUUGACGGCUCUCACAUGUUUAUAGAGUCUCAUGAGCUACACCGCUUACGACAGAAGCCCCUCGAACCAUUCUUUUCUCGUCGUGCAGUUGAGUUCAAAGAAGACCUGAUUGUUCAGAAGGCACAAUUUAUUGUUGCUCGCAUAGGAGAGUGGAUUGGCAAUAGCACACCUUUGCAACUGGAGCUUGCUUAUUUUGCUUAUGUCACGGAUGUUGUUGGGGAGAUUCUCUUCGGGGGUGAGAACCCGAGUUUGUUGGAACACAGCGAGUUCGCACCUGAUUGA